GAGGAAGGACGCUGGCUUCUUAUCCUACAAAGAUCACCUGCCAGUAAGCCAAGUGGUAGUUGGAGAUACUGACCGGCAAGGCUCCGAAGCCAAGCUGAGCGUGGGUCCCCUGCGCUGCCAAGGAGACAGGAAUUAUUGGAAUGCUGCCUCUUUCCCGAAUCCAUCAUCCUACCUGCACUUCUCCACUUUCCAAGGGGAGACCAGCGCUGACAUUUCUUUCUACUUCAAAACAUUAAUCCCCAGAGGAGUGUUUCUUGAAAACUUGGGCAACACAGAUUUCAUCAAACUGGAACUGAAAUCUGCCACAGAAGUGUCCUUUUCGUUUGAUGUCGGAAACGGGCCAGUGGAGAUUGUGGUGAGGUCACCCUCCCCUCUCAAUGAUGACCAGUGGCACCGGGUCACCGCAGAGAGGAAUGUCAAGCAGGCCAGCUUACAGGUGGAUCGGCUGCCACAGCAGAUCCGCAAGGCGCCCACUGAAGGUCACACCCGCCUGGAACUCUACAGCCAGCUGUUUGUUGGUGGUGCUGGGGGCCAGCAGGGUUUCCUGGGCUGCAUCCGCUCCCUGAGGAUGAACGGGGUGACUCUGGACCUGGAGGAAAGAGCAAAGGUCACGUCCGGAUUCAAAUCUGGAUGUUCCGGCCACUGCACCAGCUACGGGGCCAACUGUGAGAAUGGGGGCAGGUGCCUGGAGAAGUACCACGGCUAUUCCUGCGACUGCUCCAACACGGCCUAUGAUGGAACUUUCUGCAACAAGGAUGUCGGCGCAUUUUUUGAAGAGGGGAUGUGGCUCCGGUAUAACUUCCAGGCAUCGGGGGCCAGUGCCAAAGAUACGGGCACCAGGUCAGACAUCUCCCCUGAUCAGAACAACUCCCCUCCGGACCUGGCCCACGAGGGGAUCCACUUCAGCUUCAGUACCACCAAGGCGCCCUGCAUCCUCCUCUAUGUCAGUUCUUUCACGACAGACUUCUUGGCCGUUCUCAUCAAACCCACCGGAAGCUUACAGAUUCAGUACAACCUGGGUGGCACCAGAGAGCCAUACAACAUUGACGUAGACCACAGGAACAUGGCCAACGGACAGCCUCACAGUGUCAACAUCACCCGUCACGAGAGGACCAUCAUUCUUAAGCUUGAUCAUUAUCCUUCUGUGAGUUACCAUCUGCCGAGUUCAUCUGACACCCUGUUCAAUUCUCCCAAGUCGCUCUUUCUAGGAAAAGUUAUAGAAACAGGGAAGAUUGACCAAGAGAUUCACAAAUACAACACCCCGGGAUUCACCGGCUGCCUGUCCAGAGUCCAGUUCAACCAGAUUGCGCCUCUCAAGGCAGCCUUGAGGCAGACCAACGCCUCUGCUCACGUCCACAUUCAGGGAGAGCUGGUGGAGUCCAACUGCGGGGCCUCCCCGCUGACCCUGUCACCCAUGUCGUCCGCCACCGACCCCUGGCACUUAGAUCACUUGGAUUCAGCCAGUGCUGAUUUCCCAUAUAAUCCAGGACAAGGCCAAGCUAUAAGAAAUGGAGUCAACAGAAACUCGGCUAUCAUUGGAGGUGUCAUCGCUGUGGUGAUUUUCACCAUUCUCUGUACCUUGGUCUUCCUCAUUCGGUACAUGUUCCGCCACAAGGGCACCUACCACACCAAUGAAGCAAAGGGAGCAGAGUCAGCAGAGAGCGCGGAUGCUGCCAUCAUGAACAACGACCCCAAUUUCACAGAGACCAUUGAUGAAAGCAAAAAGGAAUGGCUCAUCUGAGGGGUGGCUAUUUGGCUGUGGGAGAGGGAGGGGCUAGCUAUUAGGGAGGAGGGAACGGGACAAAAGCGCACCCUACUUUAUACUCUUGAGCACAUCCUUAAAAUAUCAGCACAAGUCGGGGGAGGCAAGCAACAGAAAAUUCUGGAGACUGAUCGCCACAAAAAAGUACUUUUUAAUAUUUCUUUAUAGCUGAGUUUCCCCUUCUGUAUCAAAUCAAAAUAAUACAAAAAAUGCUUUUAGAGUUUAAGAAAUGGUUGAAAUUUGUAGGUAAUACCGUCUUAUUUUGUGUGUGUUUAGAGGUGUUCUAAAAACCUAUGGUAACAGGGCAAGUUUUCUACAUUUUUAAGAGCCCUUAGAAUGUGGAUAUUUUUUUUCUUGAGAAAAGCUGAUGCACAUGGCCUCCAGCAUUCUCUUCCUUUUGCAUAUAGUCGAUUUUUAAUGGGCUAUCGUAGUAGCUAGUUCGUGUUCAUAUAAUAUUUCUUUUGGUGUCCUGUAAAUUGGAAAAGGAAAGGAAAGGGCCAAGAAGACCUAUUGUUUUCCAGUUUUCAAAGAGACCUCAAUCUAUGCCAAUUCUUUGAGUGUUCCCGUAUGAAGCAUUGAAGGAAGUGUAACAACACAACCGACACAGCAGAGAGAAGCAUUAAGAAGCAGGGGAAGUAGUUUCAUAUAUUGGGAUUGUUAGUUUUAUUUUUCAUCAAAUUCUACAAGCUAAUACUGUUCCAUGUGCGUAGUCUUAGACCUCUUCACGAUCUGUGACUGUCAGCUACAAUGUGGUGGUGACCAGCUGUUGCAAAAGAUUUUACCCACAUCGUGUUAGGUUACCUUGUAUGUGUGGGGGGAGGGGAGACACUUCGAUGGGGAAUUAGAGCCAGAUGCUAUGAUUUGUUUGCUCUGUUCCUUUUAGAGUUGUAGCAAGAGUAUGGACACUUUCUAGUGAAUGCGCAAAUUAGGUUGCUCUUCUUAUUUUGCUUUAAAUCUCUAGUUUUUAAGCCCUUGUGACAAAAUCCUAGCAGACCAUGUCCUCCCAAUGGACAGGCCACAAUAAAGCCAAGUUAUGAUUGCUAGUAUUAUUGCUUUACUCCAGAAUCAUAUGGAAAACACUGCCGUAUUUUCCAUCAUCUAAUCCGUGUAUCAUUCCAUCCUAAACAGACACACUGCCACAAUUCGGGGACCUCUUUGGCAGAUACACUUGAACUGCAGGUUCAUGACCAACCUGAUAACUGUUGCUUCUCAGAGAAUGGACACAUCUAGUCAGUCGCACCUCAGUCUAAUUGGGAAUCUUGACCAACUAAUUCAGACAAAGAGAUCAUUGAUUUUACUUAAAAACGAUAGACUUUGUGUAUAAACAGAUGGGACAAAGCUCCUAUUGCAGCAUCCAAAAAAUAAUUUCAUUUAUCUCUUUUUGUAAAUUACACAAGUUAUUUCCAGAAUGACUACCAUUUUUGAUCAUUAUAGUUCAGACUCUGAAUAAGUACUAUAAAAAUUUUUUUUCAGACUCCCAACAUGUUGAGGAAUUAAGUAGGAUCCCUUUUUUCCUUCUCCUCCUAGAAGGAUGUAAGAUGAGCUUAAAAAGGUAUUGUUGCUAUUUUUCUGAUAGCGUGCCUCAAUGAAAUGGAAAUUCUAGUUUGUUAGGGUUAUAUAUACGUAUUUUUCAAGAUUCUCAGUAUGCUUGUGCUUUUUGGAGGAUCUCAGUUUCUUGGCUAAUGAAAACUUACCUAGAGUGGCCAAGGGCUUGUUGUACCAGUAACAUGACACAUCCCUAAGUAGAUACUGGACCAGCUAAUUCCAUUACAUCAGAGCCGAGGUAACAGGGCGAAAGGGAAUCAGACCGCCUUUCAUAGUUGCUGACCCUCAGCCACUGUCACAAACACCUUUACCUUAAAAAGUUCUUGAUCAUUAUUCCAUAAUAUACAUUGUUAAAUGAAAAGCAUGUGCUAUGACUAAAGAGCAGAACAAUAUAGCACACAAAUGACACAUUAAAAACAAAGGCUGUUUGUUUAACCCAGAUGACUACCAUUAAGGGCUCUUUUGUGUAUUGUCAAAUUAUGAAAGCAAAAAUUGUAAACAUUAUGUUUUGUAGAAAGGUUUCAGAUUUUUUUUUAAACCUACUUUACAGGUAUUACUUUUACACUUCACAAAUAAUGCUGAUGGGAAUGUAUUGUUUCCUGCAUUUCCCAUUAUAGCUUUCUUCUUUAUGCAUUGUCUCAGCAUUUUCCCUUUCUUUCCAAAAUGAUAAAGGGGUUAAAACAAUCAAAAACAAGUGGUGACACCAAAACAUUCUUACCCUUUCUCUUCACUCUCUUCCCUCUUUUCCUGCCUCAAAAGGUGAAAAAUAAAACCUAACACUUCUCUCAUCAAAUUUGCAAACCUAGGACACUGGACUGACUGAGGGAUCAGUGGGUCUCUCUUGUCACCACCAUUUAAACAUACAGUAUGUCCUUAAGAGAGGUAAGUCCAGCCAGAAGACAAGACAGAAAAACGUGGAUAAGGUAUUAAGUAACCAAGUUAAGUGCCAAGUGAGUGCUGGAAAUCCUUGGCUUCUCUUUGGAAUUGUGGUCUUCAUCAAAGUCCCAAAGGUAUAUAUGAAGGCCACAUCCAGUAUGUGCUAAAUGGUCGAUAAUUUACAUGAAAAUAAAGAACAUCUCUUUUUUCCAGCUCCUUCCCUUGAAACCUCAGCACAAUGCAGCCUGGACGGCCCAUUGUGACCCAAGCUCAGUGCCUGAUCUUGCUUUGUCAGUCAUAUCCCACAAAAUCUUGACAUUCUUCUAUCUCAGUCCAUUAUCAAUCGAGUCCAGAGAGGCUAGUGGUAACCUCUUUAAAUAAUAAACAAAACAAAGAAAAGAUAAAAUUUAGAAACAAGCUGCCAGGAAGAACUGAUGUGUCAGGAAGAACUGAUGGCUGACGUAGGGUUGUCUGUGCAGGAAGCAUCUUCUGUGUAGAAAACAAACGUCUAGGUUUUGAGAAGGUAGAAGCAGGACUUUGAAAGCAAGAUCGGCACCAUUCUCAGCUCUCAAAAUAACAUAUUCCCCAGAGCACAAGGCGACUAGCUCAGGAGGUGAGAAGUUAUAUUGUUAAGGUCUUCUCUGACCCUUCUUCAUUCAGAAGGCUAUAGGCGCUGGAAACAAGGGUUUGGAGGGCCUUUGUUGGACAGCUUCCCGUUGCCGUGUGUUUGAUGAACAAGCACCCGUUACUAACAGGAACAGGGAUUCAGGGGCAUAGGAAAAAGAAUUGGCAUGAGCCAAAGAGUACAUCUUAAUGUUACUGUUGAACAUCUGUGGAGCGGCCCCCAGAGACCUGCAGGGAGCUGCGCGCAAGGACACACACCAUAGGAAGCACCGAAGGAAAACGUAGCUACCAAAUGUGAAAACACAGUGUCAGCGUGGUGUCCAGAAGAAACUUCUUUUCCUUCGAUUACAGGAUCUGCUCUUUUUAAUCCCUCCACUUGUUCUUUUUCCUCCCUUUCUUUCCUUCCAUAGUGUGAACAUUUCAAUGGAAUGAAAUGUUUAUGCCUCCAAACAAUUAGCACCUGAUUUAAACCGCUUAAUAUUGUUUCCUUUUCGUCAUCCUGUCCAGCCGUUUUCAAAAAGAAAGGCAAUGGUUAUUAAAUUGAAUUCCAGUUAGCCAGCUAAACACAGGCCCUAAAUUACUAGUGGCAGCAGACCCAACUGAUCCUGAAAUAGAUGAGAGACAAACAGCAUGUCUAGCUGAUUUGGGCUAAAACCAAUGAGCGCUAUGUUUAAAAUGAUGUCAUGGGGAGGGUAGACCGUGGGAAUAAGAUGAUGGAGUCCUAACCCUUUCUCACUCCCUGACUUGACCACGUCAAGCUGGUGAACCUUGGUCCCUCUUUGCCCCAUAUUUAAGAUACAGCUACUUUGCCCACUUGAUAAGACAAUCAUGAGGUGCCAUUGAGUCUUGACUUCAGCAUCCAUUGACACUCAAUAUAGAGACCCAAGUCAAUGGAGCCCACUGGAAGACUGACUUUCUGGCCUGUGGCUGUAAGUCACACCAAAGAAACAAGGUGGCCACCUCCAGGAGUGUGCAGACUUAUGGGGCAUUGCCACACAGCUGCUAACUUGUUAAUCAGGUAGACUGCCUGGGAGCUAACCUGUCAAUCCUGGGAGAUGCAACAGCCAACAGCCAGAGAAAUCAGAACUUAGUGUGCACAAAGCAUAAGUUCCCACCCAGAUGUGGCGUACAGCUUACACAUGGCCCCAGUGCCAUUGGGCUGGCUUAUACAUAAGAUAACACAAGAAACAAGUGUGAUUUUUCCAUGUAGCCUAGUGGCGCUGUGCCUACCCUACACAUACCCUGCAUGAUAAUGGUGGAAACUUUAGAAUAGAUUUCUUUCACAGCAGUAUUUUCCGGAUGCGAGUGGUAUAUAAAACUCAUUGUCAAUGAAAUAGGGAAACUGUGUUGAAAAGUUGAUUAUCUCCCGUGGAGUAAAGACUGGCAGAAGAUGAUAAAGAUACCUGAGCACACAGGUAUGAAUAUCCACAUGCAUUUCCAAGGUCACUUUCCAUAUGAAAAUGUGCUUUAAGAGCAGAUCUACACAGGUGGCCUGCAACAUUUCCAAGUUCAGUUUAUUUUAAACAGUAACCGCUGGGUU